UAUUUUCUAGGAAGUGCAUACGCACGUGGGAAAAACUGGACGACACAAACGUCCAUUUUAAUUCGAAAAGUAGUUUAGCUGGCUAGCUAGCCAGGGGUUUUCGGUUCGAAAAGCAGUCAGUAGCCUUUAAACGCUCAACGUGUUAGCUAGCUUGCUAAAUCACCUUGUUGGAAUGGCGAAUAAUGUGGACGAUUCGCCUGACGCACUGUGUACGAUUGGAGAAGGCGACUGCGUGGUGCUGAAACGAGGAGACAUUUUCAAAGCUGCGCAAAUACAAAAGAAUAGGAAAGUCAUUUUUGAAAAGCAGUGGUUCUUCCUUGAUAAUGCCGUCGGCGAGCUGUACGGGACCGCAUUUGAAGUCGCUUCCGGCGGAACACUGCAGCCGAAAAAACCCAAACUUACAGAAAGCAUCACAGAGGUCAGAGAGGCUGGGACGGACAACAGGAACAUCGUGGACGACGGGACGUCGCAGAAGCUCACCAGGGACGACAUCGAGACGUUGAAGGGGCAGGGUCUGAAAGGGCAGGACAUCGUACAGCAGCUUGUGGAAAACAGCUCGAGCUUCAGGGAUAAGACGGAGUUUGCGCAGGAGAAGUACAUCAAAAAGAAGAAGAAAAAGUAUGAGAAUACCGUGACGAUCCUGAAGCCGUCCACGCGCAUCCUGGCGCAGAUGUAUCACGGCCGCGAGCCUGGGAAAAUAUGUCACCUGCGCUACGACAGCCUGGCCCAGAUGCUGACGCUGGGGAACAUCCAUGCGGGGAGCAAGGUCAUCGUGUUCGAGACGUGCGCCGGCCUGGUGCUGGGCGCGGUCAUGGAGCGGAUGGGAGGUCACGGCUCGGUCAUACAGAUGUACCCGGGCGGGGGGCCAGUCCGCGCCGCCACAGAUAGCUUCGGUUUCCCCAAGCACUUCCUGCACACGCUACACGACUUCCCCCUCUGCAAGGUGCAGCCCCUGCUGGCUGGCCAGCUCUCACUGGACGCCCAGGAACCUGACGCCCCGCCCCAGCCCAAUCCCGAGGGGCGGAGCCAGGAGUCAGGGGGCGGGGACUCCACCGUUGAGAAAAUGGAGUCUGAGAUGGAGAGGGAGACUGACGACAGGGAGAAACGCAGGGAAGAUAAAGCUCAGGAGAGGAAGAUGAAGAACGAAGAGAAGAGGAAGAAGCAGUUGGCUGUUGCUGCUUUGUUGCAGCCCCGGAAUGCCGAUGGCUUGGUGAUCGCCAGUCGGCUCCACCCCUGUCCCGUGCUGCUGGCUCUGCUGAAAUUCAUGGCCCCGUCCCGCCCCUUCGUGGUGUACUCUCAGUACAGAGAGCCGCUAAUUGAGUGCUACACUAAGCUCAGGGAACAAGGCGGUACCAUUAAUCUUCAACUCACCGAGACCUGGCUCCGUCACUACCAGGUUCUGCCCAACAGGACUCACCCGGUGCUGCUGAUGAGCGGGGGAGGGGGGUACAUCCUGUCAGGGACCACCGUCAUGGCUGGCCCACCCAAGCCGACCCCCCCACAGAGUGCCGAAGAGCCCUCCCCAAAAAGGAUCAAAUUGCAGGAAGCGGAUGGCUGACGUCGGUGUUGGGACACCCUAUAUAUAUAUAUAUGUAUUUUUUUUUUGUAGUUUUAAUUUUUAUUCCUGUCCAAUGGAGUGAACCAAAUCCUUUUUUUGCUGUUUUUUGUGCGUUGACGGGAAUGCCACAGAGCCUGUUUCGCCAAAGCUGCGUCUAAAGUAACGUUUCAAAAAGUCCAGUGCAAUGUUGAAAUAUUGGAUCCGUUUUUUUUUUCCUUCGCGGGAAGUGGCAAGCGAUGGACACGUGGAUUUAGGCUACGGCAGGCUUGCACAGCGUGUCUCUGAUCUCCCUGUGUAUAGACUUUUCAAUAAAGUACGUUGUGGAAACGUG